AGCCCAGGUUCCUAGACGAGUUUGGGGAAGUGAGAGUAGCCAGGCGCCCGGCCCCACCAAACUCGUGACCUACCCUGCGCCCCGCGGUCCUGACACAGAUUUCUCGAUCCCGGUCACAUGGCCGCGCUGAGCCCGCUGCUGCUGGCCGCGCUGCUGUGGGUCCCUGCGGGGGCCCUGACCUGCUAUGGGGACUUGGGGCAGCCUGUGGACUGGUUCGUGGUCUACAAGCUGCCGGCCCACAGCGGGUCCGGGGAUGCGGAGCGGAGCGGGCUGCAGUAUAAGUACAUGGACGAGGGCUCAGGGGGCUGGCGCGAUGGCGUGGGGUUCAUCAACAGCACGGCGGGGGCCGUGGGCCGCAGUUUGCUGCCGCUGUACCGGAGAAACGCCAGUCAGCUCGCCUUCCUGCUCUAUAACGACCAGCCGCCUAAAUUCAGCAAGGCUCAGGACUCUUCCAGCCGUGGGCACACCAAGGGCGUCCUGCUCCUGGACCAAGAAGGGGGCUUCUGGCUGGUUCACAGCGUGCCUCGAUUUCCUCCACCUGCCGCCUCUGGUGCAUACAGCUGGCCUUACAAUGCCAGACACUUCGGGCAGACCCUGCUCUGUGUGUCUUUUCCCCUCACCCAGUUCCAGAGGAUUGGAAGGCAGCUGACCUAUGCCUUCCCUCUGGUCUAUGAUCACAAGCUGGAGGGGGUCUUUGCCCAGAAAUUCCCCGACCUGGAGGAGGUGGUCAAGGGCCACCAUGUUCGCCACGCACCCUGGAACAGCAGUGUAACACUUACAUCACAGGAGGGGGCUACUUUCCAGAGCUUUGCCAAAUCCGGAAGCUUUGGAGACGACUUGUAUUCUGGAUGGUUGGCGACAGCUCUUGGCAGCAACCUGCAGGUCCAGUUCUGGCAGAACUCUCCAGGCAUUCUGCCCUCCAACUGCUCAGGGACCUGGCAGGUUCUGGAUGUGACCCAGAUAGCCUUCCCUGGGCCAGCUGGGCCAACCUUCAAUGCUACAGAGGACCACUCCAAAUGGUGUGUGGCCCUGGAAGGGCCAUGGACCUGCGUGGGUGACAUGAAUCGGAACCUCGGAGAGGAGCACCGGGGUGGGGGCACGCUGUGUACCCAGCUGCCGGCCCUCUGGAAGGCCUUCCAACCCCUGGUGAAGGCCUGGGAGCCCUGUAGGGAGGAGAGCAGGGCCAGGAAGCCCAGCAGAGCAUAUAAGAGCUAAGGCUCAGGAACCAGCUGGGACUUGAAUUUGAAUCCCAGUUCAACCCUUUCCUAAUUGUGUGACCUUAAUUAUGUGCCUUAACCUUACUGUGACUCAGUCAGCUAAUCUGCAAAAUGGGAGUCAUAACAAGUGCCACUCAAGAUUGUUGAGGAGUAAAGGAAAUUGGUGGAU